UGACGAGGUGGCAACGCCAUAGAGGGUUCUUGCAUACUUCUCAAUUUUUUCUUCAGGCCACAAGAAAAUCUUUAGAUAUGAGGAAUUUUAAAUGAAAACAGCGAGCAAACAGAACGCAUCGUGAUGCCGGAAACCUAAUCAACCACUCCGAAGUAAAGUGCAAUUAAAUUACAUAGUUUUAUACAACUGAAAGCGGCUGGCCAGCCGCAUAAAGUAUUCGCCUACACCAGCAUUGUUCUAAAUGCUAAAAAGUUUAUUACUCAUUAAGCAUUUGUGUGCCUAGUUAGUUAAUUAAUCGCAGCCGAAAGAUGAACUUGACGUACUUGUUCGUGCUUAUUUGGCUGGCCUUCCUCAUCAGCAGCGGCGUGAUGCUCUUCUCGCGGGGAUUCCUAUUGGCCCGGGUGUCCAAAACGGAGACGAGCACCUGUCGCAGGUUGUCCACAAAUCCCAAUGCUGAGUACGUACUCACCGAUGAGGUUGUGAACGAAAUCUUUAAGGAUGUCAACGCCUCCUCCAAUCUGUGUCUUCCGCAAAAGUCGAAGGUUAUUGUCCUGGUUGUGGAUGCACUUAAAUAUGAAUUUGGCCUGUACAGGGCGAAUGCUACGGAUCCUUUGCCAUAUGAAAACAAAUUGGUGGUGCUCCAGGAGCUGCUGCAGCAGAAUCCUGACCACGCCCGCCUAAUGAGAUUCCGAGCGGAUCCGCCAACCACAACGUUACAGCGCCUGAAAGGACUCACCACCGGCAGCCUUCCCACAUUCAUAGACAUUGGCUCCAAUUUUGCCUCACCGGAGAUCAACGAGGAUAAUAUCAUUGAUCAAAUAGUCAAGAACGAUCUACCAGUUGUCUUCCUGGGGGAUAGCACCUGGACGGAUCUGUAUCCUCAUCGCUUCAAACGAUCGUACUCCUAUCCCAGUUUCGAUAUAUUCGAUUUGGAUAGCGUGGAUAAUGAGAUAUUAAAACACCUGCCCAAGGAGCUGGAAAGUAAGGAUUGGCAAGUGCUGGUAGCCCAUUUUCUCGGCGUCGACCACUGCGGACACAAACACGGACCCAUGCACGAGGAAAUGGCGCGCAAAUUGGGCGAGAUGAACGAGGUGAUAAGAUCCGUGGUGGCGGCCAUGGACAACGACACCACGCUGCUGGUGAUGGGCGACCAUGGAAUGACGGCUUCCGGCGAUCAUGGGGGAGACACCGAUGACGAAACCAACGCUCUGCUGUUUGCCUACUCCAAGCAGCACAGAUUUUAUGGCAAUGAUUCGGGCUCAGAUAGCGAAAUGCUGCAGCAGAUUGAUCUGGUACCCACGCUGGCCACCAUUCUCGGCGUCCCAAUACCGUACUCCAAUCUAGGCCUGGUCAACUUCAACAUUGUACCCGAUCUGCGAGUACCGCAUUUAAACAAGUUUCAGACCCUUUUGCUUCAUUCCUGGCAGAAUGCCCAGCAGAUCUAUCGCUACUUCUUCCAGUACGCUUUGGAGAACAAGCGCACAUUCAACGUGGAACAGAUGGACCAUCUAGAGACUGAAUUCAUACUCCUCACCCACCGAGUGCAAACCGUUUACAACGAGGUUGCUUUUAAAUCUUUUGUACGUGACUUGAACACCAAUCUGCGGGACAUCCUGGGCACAUGUCGCGAAAUCUGGGUCAGAUUUGACCCCACUCAGAUGUCGCAGGGCCUGCUGUUUACCUUCCUGCCGUUGUUCUUUAUCUUCCUUGUGGUAAACAACUCUCGGCCAGCGGAUUUUCCGCACAUCUUCAAAGCCAAGGAGGUCUUCUAUGUAUACCUAAUCAACUUGGCCGCUGGAGUAUUUGGAUAUCGGUAUUUCAAGACAUUCUCCUUUAAAACAGAGGAGCAAGGAGUGAUCUUCUUUACGGCAAUAUCCAGUGCUGUCAUCCUGGCUUUCCAUACACUACGUCACUGGACCAGCAUUGCCACGAAUUGGUCAGCAGUCAAGCGAUUUGGACACAUGCCCACGCGUCUGCUGCUUUUCGGUUCCAUGGCGGUGUUCUUCUCGAACAGCUUCGUCAUCCAGGAGGCCAAGAUCUUAUCGUACCUCUUGGCAGCAGCGAUACUACUGCUCUCCCACGAACUUCUUCGGCUGAGUGCCCGUUUGGAUUUUAGGACAAAAUUCAAGGCAUCACAAUUUCUGCGCUCCACAGCGUUAAGAUUGAUCCUGGCCAGCGUUUUGGCGAUAUGCUUAAUACGAUUUGCCUACACGCUGUUUCGUUGCCGCGAAGAACAAGGCAACUGCUCGGAUUUUGUCAACACCGGCGGAGCCGGAUUCUCCCUUAAAAAGCCGGGAACGGGCAAGACCUACAUUCUCGCCGUCGUGGUGCUCGUAGUGUACACCACGCUCACACGAUUGUAUCUGCGUUCCUGCGGUAAUUUGACUGGCAACUUGCCAAACGUAUUGCUGGCUCGCUACGGACCCACGGUGGCCUCGAUCUGCGCCGGCGGCCAUAUCUUGCUGGCCAACAGCUCCAUCAAACACAUCCAGCGCACGCAUAUCGAUGCCAUGGCUCUGGUGAUCUAUGGUCUGCUAUUGGUGCAGAUUAUCGUACUUUCAUGGGCUCCUCUAAUGACCUUUGUGCUUCCUCCGAGGAGUUCCCAUACAGUGACCAUCAAUGGAAACGAAAGCAUUGUUCCGGAAAUCUUUAGGAAAAUGAAGCGGAUGUACGAGGGCGAUGACGACGAGCGGCGUAGUCACAUCCCGGUGGUCUACGGACUAGCAACCGUUUACUCCUCCAUUGUCAUUGCAUUUGGCGUUUUCUUGGCCCUGGUAAUGAUAGUUCUUCUCGAACCGCGUGCUUCCAUCGGCUUGGUUGUUUGCGUGGCCGUGGGAGCUAUUCUGCUCAGCGUGCACAGUAUAUUACGCUAUCGAACUGCCACUAGUUUUGAGAGCUGUGUACAGCCAACUUUUACGGCUCUGGUUGGCUGGUUCCUGCUGGCGCAUUUCUGCUUCUUUGCCACCUCGCAUCAGACGACGCUGUCACAGAUUGAGUGGCGUGCCGCCUUCGUGGGACGCACCACCGGCAUCGGACAGUCGAAUUUAGUUUCUGGUGCCUUGGUCAUUUUGAACACCUUUUGUGGCCCGAUUUUCUUCUUCUGCAUGUACUCCCUGCUUAGUACAGAGACUUUUUCGCUGUUCGCACUGUUUCCCAAUCUCAUACGAAGCUGCCGGAGUGGUGGCAAAGUGGAUGCGAGCACUUCCAUGUCAGAUUUGGCCAACGAAGCUGUCGGCUUUGAUAUGACUCGUGGCGAACUGUCGCUGUACGAGUACGAAGAUGUUUUUCUGGGAACUGGCUUCAAGUUGGCUACCCAGUUUUUCAUGCUACAGGGACUCAAGAUUUUUUGUGCCAUGUUGGCCUGCACCAUUCACUGCCGUCACCUGAUGGUGUGGAAAAUCUUUGCGCCGCGAUUCAUCUACGAGGCCCUUGCUACCUUCGUCAGUCUGCCUGCCCUGAUUGUGGGCUAUCUUUUGGUGUUACGCAUCCACCGUGGCGUGGACACCCUCAUUAAGCGCAUCAACAAGGCCAAGGUCCACUAGUCUCAGCCAAUUAAUUAUUUAUUUCGGCCUUAAUACACAAACACGUAAUAAG